CUGUGUUUCAUCAGAUCAGAAUAAGAAUCUCUUUAUUGGCAAAAUGUACACAGGAAUUUUACCUGGUGUAACAGCACCACAGGACAUUAAAUAAAAAGACUGUUAAUAACCAUAAUAUAUAGAUACUAAGUGAUUAUAAUAUAGACACAGUACAGUAUAUGAUACUGUAAGGACACAUAAGGAAAAUAAAAAACACAGAAAUUAAAACACAAUAAAAAAUAAAUAAUAUAUAUAGUAUACAUGCAAACAGAUACAUAAUAUACACAUAUAUCACAAAAAUAGCUUAUGCGCCGGCUCACCAACUCUGCAGUUGUGCUCUAAAUAAGACAAACAUUAACUGGGUAUAGUUUUAAGUUUACAAAAGUGCUUCAACACCAGAAAAGUAUUUGCCCUCAGAACUCCCGAGAGUAUAUUGUAUUUUCUCCAACUGUCCGAUCACUAAACCAUAGGGACACUUUGGGUGGAUCCUUUUUGAUUUUGUUUUCUAUGUCUUCUGUUCUGGUGGUAGCAAAUAUGACCAUAGCUGCACUGAAGGGUUGAAGAUCAAUUUUCAAAGCUUCUGACAAGCUAUUAAAGGUUGUUUCCUACAUUUAACACGACUUCACCUUUCCCUCCGUCUUAAAAGUCCUAAAAUCCACCCACACUCCCGAAAGUGUGCGACCGUUUUUGCCGACUGUGGCCUCUGGAAGGCUCAUGAGAGCUUGCACUGAAACCAUCUCUCCUCAGUCUUAAUUGUGGAAAUUCCUCCGUGGCUCCUUGUGUGUGGAACCCAAUCUCCAUAGCCAGGCUCAAGUACCUUUAAUGAACCUACCUCGGAUAAAAUAGAGGUAUUAUAGUCCUAACGGCAGUUCUGGCUCCUAAACACUGCCUCCAUUCAUUUCCGAAACAAUCUGAUUCUCUCUCUGCCUCCGUGUCCCCCCCCCGUCUCGCUAUCCCCUCUUUUUGGGACAGUCUGUCAUCUGGACUCACUUGGCGUGAUGUUCGCUAUUUCCCCGACAUCUCCCCUCCUGACGUCCUCUCGCCGCCGUGGAAAUCUAUCGAUAACUCGAGCGGCGCCUGGACUGUAAAGUUCUUUCCUGAGGAAAAACCUGCAGGAGAACACAGCAGCUCUUCAUCAGUGCAAGAAACUCCACCUGAAUGUGUGACGUCCCGUCGUCACCAGUGAAAACACACAUCAUCAUCAUUAUCAUCUACUGUGACAUACUGCUGCCUAGUGGACAACUUUCUCCACGGCUUCAAAGGGCCGAGAGCGUCUGUUCCCCAUGGCUCUGCAGGAGUUGGGCAUCAGCCUGUCCCUGACCGGCGUCGCUGGCACCAUCCUCAUCUGCGCCCUGCCCAUGUGGAAGGUGACGGCGUUCAUCGGCACCCACCUGGUGGUGAUGCAGGUGUUCUGGGAGGGCUUGUGGAUGACCUGCGUCAGCGAGUACACGGGCCAGCUGCAGUGCAAGCUCUACGACGCCCUGCUGGACCUGUCGCCGGACCUCCAGGCGGCCCGCGGCCUCAUCUGCAUCAGCCUGGUGCUCGGGUGCCUGGGCUUCCUCAUCUUCCUGCUGGGAGCGCGCUGCACCAACUGCCUCAGACACCCGCGCAUCAAGGCCCGGGUGGUGGUGAGCUCCGGGGCCAUCUUCUGCCUGGCCGCCCUCACCGCCAUGGUCGCCGUUUCCUGGACGGCCAACACCGUCAUAAGCGACUUCCACAACCCCCGAGUGCCCGAGGUGCUGAAGAGGGAGCUCGGGGCGGCCAUAUACGUGGGCUUCGUGACAUCCGGGCUGCUGUUCUGCGGAGGAGCUAUUCUGUGCACCAGUUGUCCCCCAGAGAGGACCAGGUUCCCCUCGAGUGGCUACGCUAGGGCCAAGGCGGCCACGCACAGCAGCUACGCCAUCAAGAACUAUGUGUGAGGGGUGAACGCGUACGCGGAUGAUACUAGGCAGGCGUCUGAGUUUAAAUAUACACGAUCAGCCAUAACAUUAAAACCACCGACAGGAGAAGUAAAUAACAUUUAAACCGUCUUGUGACGUCAAUCUUCUGCUGCUGGGAAACAUUUGGACCUUGACACUCAUUCGUUCCUGUGGAUGAUACUUAGACGUG